AUGCUGAUGCUGAGGCAGAAGACAGUGCAGGACCGGGGCAGCGCAGCGCAGCGCAAGGCACCAACGCUCAACCCCAAAACCCCAAACGCCGGGUGGGGUGGUCCCUCGUCCCCGGCCUGCCUGGCUAUUGCUAUUGCUAUACUUCCCCCUUUCUCUGCCUUUUUCUCUACAAUACACAAUACAUACAACGCCGUGCAGAACCCCGACCAGAGCCUGCACCCCUCGUUUCCCCUCCCCUUCCACCACGUCCCGCUCCACCACCCCGCGCCACCAGGAGCACCUGCCGCAGGGCCAGGAGCUGAUGCAGCAGCAGCAGCACCCUCCACGCACAAUGCUGCUCCCCACUCCCAGCCUUCAAGAGGUUUCUCCGAUUGGAGUGCGUCCAACAGUGCCUUCGCGUCCGUUGCUGCGCAGCCCGCCCCCGCUACCACCACCACCACACCCUUCCACUACAACCUCUCCCAGUCUUACGCGCUAUGGACCCAUUACAUGCUUAACAAGAAUGCACUACCCUACACUUCUUAUCCCGCUGCACCACAGGACGAGAAUUCCCACCCGCUGCACCAUACUCACAUCCCGCCAGACAAGGAUUCAGGUUCUGCAUCCAGCCUUGGGUUUGACUCUUUCACUACAAUGUCCCUUGGACCAAACAUAUGCGCCCACAUGUCUCCCAUGGAAGGAUCUAUAUCUGCCAAUGAAGCUGACAAUUCAGAGGAUUUGCCUACAGUAGUUACAAACAGUGAUGAAAUGGACACUAGAAACAGUGAUGAAGUCCAUCCUGACUCAGUUGCCACUCUUCCUGAAUCAAAGCCUAGUCAUGAAAGCUGCACCACUAAAUUCAACUCUGGAGAGUACCAAGUCGUUUUGCGCAAGGAGUUGACAAAGAGUGAUGUUGCAAAUGUCGGGCGAAUCGUGCUACCCAAGAAGGAUGCUGAGGCUAGUCUUCCACCAUUGGUGCAAGGUGAUCCUUUGAUACUGCAAAUGGAUGACAUGGUGCUUCCAGUUACAUGGAAAUUUAAGUAUAGAUUCUGGCCAAACAACAAAAGCAGAAUGUAUAUUCUGGAAGCUGCAGGUGAAUUUGUGAAGACACAUGGCCUUCAGGCAGGAGAUGCGCUCAUUAUCUACAAGAACUCCGUGCCCGGCAAAUUUAUUAUCCGUGGGGAGAAGGCCAUUCAGCAGACAAACCCCUAGACGCAACUUGAUGUGGGUGUAGCAGCGUCGAAGAUGGCUUUUUUGGGUUCACCAUAAGUUCAUAAUUGAAGUGAUUAUCAACUUUCAUGACUGGGUCACCAUCGCAUUGGGAUGAGAUGGAAAACAGAGAAUCAGGAGUCUCUGACUUCUUGACUCCUGGUGGGUGGAGAAAAGGAAGAAAUUUUGGGAGAACAUUGGAAGUGCUGCCAAUGAGCCUACAUCUGAGCGGGACAAGUAGUUUGCGUUUUUUGUUUCUCUAAUUCGGUUGUAUUUGGAUGCUCGAGUUCUGCAUUGCAUUCUGAACAACAUUCGUAGUUCCUUUUUCUUGUAAAUAUUUUGGACCUAUAAGAUAAAAGAAGUGAUUGGAACUUGUGCAAUUAUGGUGCAA